GGGCAGGUGCGCUCCAGGGCGGGCGGCGGGAGGGCACGGCAGGGCAGCGCAGCGGGUCCCGUCCCGCGGCAGAGCCCCGGUGCGCGGCCGCCCGAGGUGCCGCCGCUCCGCCCGGCCCGCCGCCGGUGCGAGCGGGCAUGAGGCCGGGGGAGGGUCCCGCCGCCCUUGCUCGGGGCGGUUCCGGCGCAUCCCGGUCUCGGGGGUGCGGGGCCGAGGCCGGCCUGCGGUCUGCUGCCUUCCCCCGGUGUGCAGGAGCGCUGCCGCUGCUGCUGCAGAGCGCCGGCCGAGCCUGCGGCGAGCGUGGGCUCUGCUCCCGCAGGCGGCGAAUAGCAGCGGCAGCCGGUCUUGUUCCGCUGGUGGUGCGGCAGAAAAGCCUGAAAAAUGCUUGCCUGAUUUCUGCAGUGACCGGAGUGGGUGCUGGUGCUCCAGAACUUGGUGCUCUUGUACAGGCUUUCCACAAGGAGCGGGGAAGAUAAGAACUUCGAUCUGCACUUUGGGAGCAGCUGCCAGCGUGUGGGAAUGUGCUGACUGGCACUAUGGGCAGGCGGUACCCAGGGGCUCACUAUCGGCCAAGCAGCUCAUUCGAUUCCGGCGUGGACGCGCUGGCGGUGUUUAUGGCAAGCGGCAGCGCGACGGACGUUGUGAACCGCAACAGCCCCGCCACCCCGCCCAACACCCUGAACCUGCGCUCCUCCCACAACGAGCUCCUGAAUGCAGAAAUCAGGCACACGGAGACCAAGAACAGCACUCCUCCCAAAUGCAGGAAAAAGUAUGCGCUGACUAACAUUCAGACAGCCAUGGGUCUUUCCGACCCAGCAGUUCAGCCCCUUCUAGGGAACGGCUCUGCCAAUAUAAAGCUGGUGAAGAAUGGAGAAAACCAGCUCAGGAAAGCUGCCGAGCAGGGACAGCAGGAUCCCAACAAAAACCUCGGUACCACUGCAGGCGUAAGUGUAACUUCUGAGAAGUUUGAAAGCAAUGAGCCGAUCCCACAGGAUUCCUCUGGCUGUGAAAUAUUACCCUCGCAGCCAAGAAGAACCAAGAGCUUCCUGAAUUACUAUGCGGAUCUAGAGACAUCAGCUCGAGAUCUGGAGCAGGGUUUUGUUGGGAUGGAAGAUAAGUCUGCACAAAGCAACAGCCAGGCUUCUACCGUUAUUGUCAAUGGGGAAGUCCUGCCCCAGAAGCAGAACAAGAUGCCAAGCCCAGAGGAUGGCCAGGUUGCCACAGUGUCGUCAAGCCCUGAGACAAAGAAGGAUCACCCAAAAACUGGGGCCAAAACAGACUGUGCCCUCCACAGGAUUCAAAACCUGGCCCCAAGUGAUGAGGACUCCAGCUGGACUACCCUGUCCCAGGACAGCGCCUCGCCGAGCUCUCCUGAUGAAACAGCAGAUAUAUGGAGUGAUCAUUCAUUUCAGACAGACCCAGACUUACCACCUGGUUGGAAAAAAAUAAAUGACAUUGCUGGGAUCUACUACUGGCACAUACCAACAGGAACAACUCAAUGGCAGCGUCCUGUGUCCAUCCCAACAGAUCUUCAGGGCUCACGAAAAGGAUCACUUGGUUCCAUUACUCCAUCUCCUACUCCAGAAACUGAGAAACAGCCAUGGAGUGAUUUUGCUGUACUGAAUGGGGGAAAGAUUAAUAGUGACAUUUGGAAGGACCUGCAUGCAGCCACUGUGAACCCAGACCCAAGUCUGAAGGAGUUUGAAGGAGCAACAUUACGCUAUGCCUCUUUGAAGCUCAGAAAUGGUCCACAAUCUGAUGAUGAUGAUUCUUGUAGCAUCAACAGUGAUCCAGAAGCCAAGUGCUUCGCUGUGCGAUCUCUGGGCUGGGUAGAAAUGGCAGAAGAAGAUCUGGCUCCUGGAAAGAGCAGUGUUGCUGUGAACAAUUGCAUCAGACAACUCUCUUACUGUAAAAAUGACAUCAGAGACACUGUUGGCAUUUGGGGAGAGGGCAAAGACAUGUACCUUAUACUGGAGAAUGACAUGCUGAACCUGAUUGACCCCAUGGACCGCACGGUUCUGCACUCACAGCCCAUCGUCAGCAUCAGGGUCUGGGGCGUGGGCCGUGACAAUGGUCGAGACUUUGCUUACGUGGCAAGAGACAAAGACACCAGAAUUCUGAAAUGUCAUGUGUUUCGAUGUGACACACCUGCAAAAGCCAUUGCUACAAGUUUACACGAAAUCUGCUCAAAGAUUAUGGCUGAACGGAAAAAUGCUAAAGCUAUGGCUUGCAGCUCAUUGCAAGACAGGACAAAUGUCACCCUUGAUGUUCCUCUGCAAGUAGAUUUCCCAACACCAAAGACAGAACUGGUACAGAAGUUUCACGUCCAGUACCUGGGCAUGCUACCUGUAGCUAAACCCGUGGGAAUGGAUACUCUGAACAGUGCCAUUGAAAGUCUAAUGGCUUCCUCUAGCAAAGAUGACUGGUUGCCAGUUACCAUGAACGUUGCUGAUGCUACUGUCACAGUCAUCAAUGAAAGAAAUGAAGAGGAAGUCAUGGUGGAGUGCCGUGUGCGGUUCCUGUCCUUCAUGGGAGUAGGCAAGGACAUCCACACGUUUGCCUUCAUUAUGGACACAGGAAACCAGCAUUUUGAGUGCCAUGUUUUCUGGUGUGAACCAAAUGCAGGCAAUGUCUCAGAAGCUGUUCAGGCUGCUUGUAUGUUACGGUAUCAGAAGUGUUUAGUAGCCAGACCUCCUUCACAGAAAGCCCGGCCGCCCCCGCCGCCCGCAGACUCGGUGACCAGAAGAGUUACAACCAACGUAAAAAGAGGAGUCCUGUCUCUCAUUGACACUUUGAAACAGAAACGUCCGGUCCCUGAGAUGCCAUAGCUGCUUCAGAGAGAAGAUUCUCCUGCCAUUUGACUGAAGAUAGCAGUAGCUACACUAAGGAAAUGAAUGGACGAUGUCUGACCUUCCAUUUCAGUUGCUGAUGCUUUCUCUUCAGAGAAUUUACCCCUAUCGAAACAAUGUUAGACAAGCAUGUUCUCUCGUUCUUGCCACCAUCAUGUGAUAUGAAAAGAAGCAUGAAUAAUUUUUUUGCUGUCAGUGAGUUACAUCAUGGGCAAUGGAAGGUCUGUUUGAUUGUAAAUACAUGAACAUUACCUAAACUCACGCAAAAAAGAGAAUAUGGCCACGUCCCUCCCAGUGAACUCAUGCUAAAGUCCUUGGAGUGAAUGAUGCCUGAGUUAAAAAUUUCACCUUCUUGAGCUGGAUUUGUCAUAAACCAAUCUUAAAUCCUACAGCACUUUGCUCUGUUUUCAACACUGGAAUAGGUAUCAAGUAUUAGCAACCGUUGAAUUACUGUAGAUUAAAUACCAAGUUUUAUUUUUUACAGAACUGCAUCUGUUAGUUUUAAAUUGUUUGUCAGCAUUGGUCUAGCAACUACUUUAACAUCUCCCUGACAUGUUUUUGAAUCAUAGUGUCAUUAUGUCAUCUUCUGGUUACACAUCAUGGUCUUACAGAAGAAUUUUGUUUAAAACCAAACCAGUGAUGAAAAAUCCAGAAGUGUUUUCAGUAAUUGAGUUGCAAGGUGAUCCACUGAAGCUUUUAAGCUUUAAACACACAAAUUCAACUGCUGGCUGUUAAAUUUAUUCUCCUAAAUCUAUCAUUAAUUCAUCAAAAAUAGUUUGUUUCAUGGAGGGCUCAAACCAAUCAGGAAUAAGAAGAAGUAGUAGUUAGUGAUUUUAUUCUCUUAAAACUGUUAUAGAGACUAAACUAUUCCAUACCUUUUCUACACAAGUGUUUGAGGAAAUGUUCAGUUCAGUGUUUGGUUGCAUAAUUCCCCCUUCCCCUCGAAGUUUCUUGCUGAAUACUUAGCAUGCCAGAAGAAGAACAAUUUCAUUUCAAUUUUAUUUCUUAUUUACAAUACUUCCUGAAAUUUAUUUUACUUUUAAUGCUCUUGUAACAAAAUAAGAAGAGAGUUGUUUUUUAACAGGGUGGUGAGUACAAUUGGAUUUCACUGCUUUUGCUCCAAAGACUUCAUCUAAUUUAUUUGCUUUACACACCUGCAGACCCUCAAAAUCAGCCCAGCAUUGCCCUCAAAACUGUACCUCAGGCUGAUUUUGAAAUGCAGUCAUGCAUCUUCAGUCUCUUCCUUUGUCAUCUUCCAUCUAAACCUGCAGAUUGGUACAGAUUUUGGAAAUGGAACAUUAAGUAUGUUUAACUAGUGUUAAAAAUGUUUUGCCUCCAUUUAUAGCUAGGUUCCAAACUGUAACUGUCUCCCAAAUCUGCAAAUCUUGUGAUAAAGGAGCACUGGCAAAGUUCUUGUUACAAUAACUCUUUUUUAUUUUAAUAUGCAAGAGACUGUUAUAAACAAACUAUUUCUUUUUUAUUUCCUUGUUUGAAGAAAUUAAUGACCACACCUGGCGAAGUAACUUAGGAACACAACAGGAAAAUAAUGAUGAUUCAAGAAAUUUCUGCACUGAAAAAUGCAGGAAAAUCAUUACCAACCUCAGUGUGAUGUAUGAGCAAGUGUCAGGUGAAGGCUGGCUAUGCAACUAUUGUAAUUAAAUUUAGCUUUCUACAAUACCCUCUGAAGAGCUGAUCCUCUACGGAUCUCAGAUCUCUUCAUGACCACGAUCCUGCACCUCAGGCACUGAAGCAACUGUUUCCCCUCCCAAGGCUCACGCUCUUGCCACGUCCUUUGCACCACCUCUAUUGCCUGUACAGCUUAUGCUGCUUAUGCUGAGUACACAGGGAGAGCUGGAGGGGAGGGGGUGCAAACAAACCCACCCCUUCAGCAGUACCUGUGGGUGAACUGACCACGGAGCCAGAUCACAAAGCAUGGGGAUGGCAGCUUGCAUAUAGCUCCUGUGGUUCCCAGUGCUGAUCCCAGUCACCUCUGUUAGGAGCAGUGUAAAACUCACUUCCUAGCACAGAAUCACAGAACUGUUUGGUUUGGAAGAGACCUCAAAGGGUGUCUAGUUCCAAACCCUAUGGGGGUACACUUUUCACCAGACAAAGUUGUCCAUUCAACCUGGUCUUGAAUAUUUCCAGGGAUAACUGCUCUCAAACUGUGGUGGCUAACAGGUACCCUUAGGUAGGAUUGUGAAGGUAAAGAGAUAAAAGUUUCCUUGUUUGUCAUUGUGCUAGUGAUUCACAUUUUAUUUUAUUUUAUAUUAAAUACUUUGACAGUGUCUUUUUAAAGUUCCUGCUGACAACGUCGUGAUUUGGGAUUGGCAACUGUUGUACAGCAGUCAAUUAAUUUUAAACAGUAUAAUUAAAUUUUGUCAUUGCAUCUGCACCAUGCUGGUUGUCCCCAGGAGAGAUCCAGACUCUCCUUAACUAAACCAACACUUAGAAAACAGCAGUGUAAAGGUUCUACAUCUGUGUUGUCAAGGCUAGGAACAUCUGGUUAGCUUUCAUUAGCAAUGGAUGCAACUGCAGGCAGGGCUGAGGAGAAGACAGAAAGGUGUUUGAAAAGCUGUACAUCACUCGCCAGUGUAUAUUUUAAGAGGUUUAUGUCUGUUAACAAAAUGCUGUUGAUUUUGCAAAUAUUUAAUUAGUGUCCUUGAUGAUUUGACUAUAUGCGGCCUUUUUGCUUCAGUAGAGCUCCUAAUUUUCCAAAAUAUUUAAUAUACACCCAGGUGUUUGCAGAAUCAGAGCCUAAUAUUGCAAAGCCUACUAUCUUUUGUUUCACAGUAUAUUCAGACACUCUUUUUACCAUGGCCAAAAAAAGUAUGAGGUGUGUGUGUGUGUGUGUUUUUGAGCAACAGCAACUGUUCUAGUUGAUGUUAUAGCAACCCUUCAGUUAUCUAUGCAUUUUUUAUAAUACCUAGUGAUUCUGUAGGCCAGCAGCCAUGUUCACUAUGCCUUGUAUGUCUGAUGCCAUAUUCUAACUUAACCUGUUAAAUACAGCUUAAAAUAUUUUUAUUUUAUUUAUUCUAUUUUUACUGAAAUAUCCUGCUUUAUUAUGUUGAUGUAUUGUCUUUACUGGAUGUGCUCUUGUAACAUUCUCCACUCUGUAUACUAUAGGUUGCCUAAAAAAGGCAGGCUUUGUAAUUAUUUAUAGUCACAUUUUUAUUGAAGUCUGUAGAAGGAUCAUGUAAAGCAAAGCUAACUUGGUAAUUUUUUUUCAAUUCAAGUAGUAAGUUAGAGGUAUCAUGUGUCAGUCAGUCAUGUCAUUAACACACCCCCUUGCAGAAGCAAGGAGAUUUAUAUUCACAGUCAAUGACUAAUAGAUAAAAGCCUUUCUUUUGAAAUCUGUAGUGCUGGCUGUAGGUUUUAUUUAAGCCACUUACUGUUUCAUUUACAGGGGGGCAAGGAGGUGUGGGAGAUGUAAGGCUAUGGAGGCCACCUACAGGGUAGUUAACUGGGAAUAACAAAAAUGGCAUAGGAACAGCACGAAUCCAUUCACAGUAAAACGAGGUUUAGUGAUACACUUCCCGUGCAGUCACCUGUACCUACAGAAAUAUUAUGCCCUUCAGUGGCAGAGGAACAAAAAUUGUGUGUGGAGUAUCUAAUAGCUCACACCAGUGCUGUCACUAAGGGUUCUACAUUUCUUAAUUUUAUCAAGCAUUUCAUAGAUCAUUUACCAUGGAAUCUAAAAGUGUUGGUGCAUCACCCAUGGAAAAGAGAACAUUCUCAUUUCAAGAGCAGUGUGGGCUCAGCACUUCAGCAUUACCCCUGUAUGCAUUACUCCUUUCUUGGGCUCAUUCAUUAACACAUUGCCACAACGUGUGCUGUCCCGUCAGCCCAUGCAGGUUUGAUUUAACAACAGUCAGACAGAAGGAAACACAACACUGUUUAUUAGCAGAGCCCAGUCUUACAUAAAAGUAUAUGACUGACAACAAAAAGGACAAUUUUCCCUGCUGUUGACCACUUCUCCAUAUUUAAAUGUAAUCUGUUCUGAGAAUAAAUUUAGCUGCAUAAA